GGAAGUAGCAGUUGAAAUGUGGACAGAGUACCGGAAGUGGUAUUUGGGAUAUUGAUAUAUAAACGGAAGUAGCAGUCAUGAUGUGGAUGUAGCACCGGAAGUGACUAUUGGGUUGUUAAAACCGUACCAUAAGCGUCGGAAAGUGGAUAUGAUACCAACAGUAACAGAUAUGAUGUGGAUGUAGCACCGGAAGUGACAGUUGGGAUGUAGAUAUUGUACCAGAAGUGUCGAGUUUAGAUUUUAAGUAGAUAUCGAAGGAUUGCAACUAUCCUGUGUUACCAUCAUUAUUGGUGUAUGGUUUAGGAGAGUGGUAACAAACACCACAAAUUGAGACAGCAUGGAGCGUUUGACAACAGUGGUAGCGUUGCUAAGUGUUGCCCUGGUUACGAAGAUACAAGCACAAGCAUUGGUAACUGUUUGCCAGGAUGGUUGGACAAAGGGAUAUGAACGUUGUUAUUUACCGAUACAGACUGCUAAAACUUGGCAAGCUGCAAAUACAUAUUGCAAAAAAUAUGGAGCGUGGUUAGCAGAGCCUACUGGAUAUGUGCUGAAUGACUGGCUGGCUGAUCUGUGGGACAACCAAGUUUCCACCUAUUGGAUUGGUUACAAUAGAAUUGGUUACCAAGGCGAUGAUGCUUCCUUCGGCAAGUGGGGCAACGGACAGAUGACCAAUGUCAGGGUUGGUGUUUGGGCGGAGCAUGAACCAAGGACUAACAAGGGGGAUUGUACUUAUGUCAACAUAUCGACCAAUCAAUACCUUUGGUACAUGGACUCUUGUGAUUGGUUGUUCCCAUUUGCAUGUGAAAUGUCUCCUUGCCCAGCAGGAAGUUUCCAGUGUGCCAACAGCAACUGUGUGGCAAGGAAAUCUCUGUGUGAUCAGGUGGACGAUUGUGGUGACAGGUCCGACGAGAGGGAUUGUGAAGAUGCCUGUACCUUCUUCCAAGAUGGAACAGAGGGAGAAGUUGUGAGCCCCAUGGGAGCUGUGAUUGGACAGUACCCUGAACGUGCCUUGUGCACUUGGGUCAUACAGGGACCUCCAGGGUCACACAUACAGGUCAAUGUGACAGCUUUUGACCUUGAACAUGGCCUUGACUAUGUUGAGGUGUGGAUAGGUGGCGCUACAGUGGAGGAGAGCCGAUGUCUUUCCCGACUAACAGGAAAGUUGUCUCGGAUACAGCAGUCCUUAUCUAGUUCCAAUAAUUUCCUCAUCUUCCGAUUCCUCUCGGACGGUUCCAACCAAAACAACGGAAGCUUUAGAUUCUCCUGGUACACUGAAUACAGAUGUGAAAUGUCGCUCCUUGAGAACAUGAAGGAAAGCGAUGGCCAGUCUGGAGGUGUCACACCCAUUCCCGAGGGCGAGGACAUCGGAUAUUGUGUGGGACGAUGUGAAGAGAGCAUUAACUGUAUGGGGGUGCGGUAUCUCCCGGGGGCGGGGACAUGUUACCUGCUGUCUGAGGUGGCAAUACCUGUACAGGAAAUUGGUUCUCACCUGUACGUCAAGUCAUGCCCAUUGUCAAUUGGAUAUCCAGUGUACCCAGCAGGAACCUUGCCUUUCACUGGAGGAAGCGUCGUGACAACCAACUACCCUCAACAGCUCUACUCGCCAUUCUAUCCCCUCCCCCACCCCGGGGACAUGGAUGUAGACUGGGUUAUACAGUCCCCAGGGAGGGAGAUUGUGACAGUGGAGGUAAAAGAUAUUGACCUAUGUGGAGCUGAUGUCAUCAAAUUUAAAGAUGGCGAUGACCCUUUGUCUGAUGACCUUUUGACCUUGACCUCUAGCAGUGAUGGACCCAUUGUUGUCAUGGCAACAGGCAACAGAAUGCUGGUAUCCAUGCGACUUGUCCAACACCUGGAAUGCAGAGGAAUCAUUCUAACAUAUAUAAUGGGUUGUGAUUUUGACCUCCUGGCUGACAGUGGAAGAGUUACUUCCCCUGGGUAUGGUGUGAAGAAAUACACCAAUCAGCUAGAGUGUAGCUGGAAGUUUCGCUCAGUCUCUGGACGGCCAAUCAGCAUCAAGUUCACAGACUUCCACACACAAGCCUACAAGGACUAUGUCAAGCUGUAUAAUGGCUCGACCAAUCAGGACACUCCCUUACACAACAAUGGCGGUCUGAGUGGCGCUGCUACAGGUACAAUAGUAACGGCUGAUGGUGAUGCCAUAUUGAUGACGUUUACUACCGGAGCUUACGGACAGGAUAAAGGUUUUACAGCCAUGUUUUCUUCAGGUUGUGCAGACCUGACCACCGACACUGUGGUUGUCAGUCCAAAGUCCAGCAAAAUCCGUAUAGAUGACCGGGGCGGAGUCUGA